AUGCCGGCUCUGACUCUGGAAGAGGUCGAAGUCAAAGUCAUGGCGGCGAAGCCGUGGAAAGCAGCCGGAACCGAUGGCCUCCCGGCGAUGGUGUGGAGACAGCUCUGGCCCGUAGUGAAGCACCGCGUUCUGGCGCUCUUCCAGGCGUCGCUCCGGGAUGGCGUCGUGCCCGAUCAGUGGCGGACAGCAAAGGUUAUCCCGCUAAAGAAGCCCGAAAAAGGAGACUACACAGAGGCGAAGGCGUGGCGACCCAUAUCCCUUUUGCCAACGCUGGGCAAAAUCUUGGAAGCAGUCGUCGCAGAACGCAUAUCGUACGUGGUGGAGACCUAUGGCCUACUACCCGCGAACCAUUUCGGCGCGCGAAAGCGACGGUCAGCCGAGCAAGGUCUCCUCCUCUUGCAAGAGCAAAUUUACAAGGCAUGGAGAGCCCGGAAAGUGCUAAGCCUGAUCAGCUUUGACGUCAAAGGCGCGUACAAUGCUGGUCUCCCACAAGGGUCGCCCUUGUCGCCGGUUCUGUUUCUGUUCUUCAACGCAGACCUGGUGCAGCGGAGGAUUAAGGCGGCAGGCGGAUCCAUCGCGUUCAUUGACGAUUACUCGGCUUGGGUGACCGGCCGCACUGCGGAGGCGAACCGGGCCGGCAUUCAGGUGAUCAUUGAUGAAGCAAUCGACUGGGAGAAGCGCAGUGGCGCGACCUUUGAGGUGGACAAGACGACGAUCGUCCACUUCACGCGCGGCACUGCGCGAAAUGACGGGUCAUUCUGGAUCAAGGGCACGGAGGUCAAACCCAAACGCAGCGCAAAGAUUCUGGGGGUGAUCAUGGACUCUGCAUUGCGCUACCAGAUACAUAUGGCCAGAGCUGCCCAGAAGGGCCUCACCGCUGCCAUGAACUUGAGGAGGCUGAAGUUGCUCUCACCGAGGGUAGCGAGACAGUUGUUCAUGGCGACGGUCGCCCCUGCCAUGGACCAUGCGUCGAAUGUCUGGAUGCACGCGCGUCGAGCGAAAGAAACUGGCUGGUUGAACAAAGCACAACGAAUCGGUGCGCAGGCCAUCACAGGAUCGUUCCAGACCGUCUCAAUCGCUGUGGCCGAGGCCGAGGCCGGCAUCCGCGCAGUCGGGGAACGGCAUCAGCAGGCUGCGACGAGGCUCUGCGUGAACUUGCGGACGCUGCCGCAGACGCACCCACUGGCAGCACUAAAGAACAAAGCAAGCAAGCGGUGCCUCUCACCAAUGCAAGGCAUUGCUGCGAUGGUGGCUAAAGGGUCCACGGAGCGGAUGGAAGUCAUCCACGAGCAUGCGUUACGGCCGUGGACGGACCGCAUCCCUGUGUUGGGUCAGGAUGACAUCGUGGAGACACGAGCACCAUAUGACGUCCAGAACAUCCUCAUAGCAACAGCGGCGUCGCUGAGGCAUGGCACGUAA